ACCACACCACCCUUUAUCUUCUCUCUCUGGUUUAACUCGAUUUGAAUAAGUCCACACAAUAGAAUCGAGUAACCCCAUUUCAGAUUUUUCGUAUUCCUUUUGAAGAAAUCACAAUGGAGAAAAGGGUUAUUGAUUACAUGUUGGUGCCAUUAGGACUCUUAGCCAUGGUGGGUUACCAUGGCUGGCUUCUCUAUCGAAUUAUAUACCACCCCACCAAGACCGUCAUCGGCGUCAAUGCCAUCCACCGCCGCUACUGGGUCCGUGCUAUGAUGGAGGAUGUGUCGAAGAAUGGAGUUCUUGCUGUUCAAACGCUGAGAAACAACAUAAUGGCUUCGACCCUUUUGGCCUCGACGGCGAUUAUGCUCAGUUCUCUCAUCGCUGUGUUGAUGAGCAACGGUGGCAGAAACAAAACUGACUUGUUCAUUUUUGGUGACAGGAGUGAGGCCAGCUUCUCUCUCAAGUACUUUUGCAUUUUGGCUUGCUUCUUAGUCGCUUUCUUAUUCAACGUUCAGUCUAUAAGGUACUUUAGCCAUGCAAGCAUUCUAAUCAACGUGCCAUACAAGAAGAUAUCACAAGAUCAUCAACACCACAGGCUGACAGUUGAUUUUGUAGCUAGGAAUGUGAACAGAGGGAGCUUUUUCUGGUCUCUAGGGUUGAGAGCUUUCUACUUCUCUUUCCCUCUUUUCUUGUGGAUAUUUGGUCCUCUUCCCAUGUUUAUUUCUUGCUUUGUUUUGGUUUUCAUGCUCUAUUUCUUGGAUGUUACCUUCGAAUGUGGGUGGGUUGUUGAUGUUUCCAGUGAUGAUAUUGGUAAUAGUACUUACUCGAAAGAUGAAGAACUUGGGAUUGUAGGGAGACCAAAUUAAAUGUUCGGUUGGUCAACUUCUUGGAAAACAUGCUGUAAUCUCUGCUGUGAUUCAUAUUCAAUCCAAGUUGAAUUGAAUUGCAUAUAUUUAAUAAAGGUAGAAGCUCAAUCUUGAAUCUUUCA